AUCACAACAAGCUUGAUAAAAGAGGGAUAACUUUCUAAGACAAAUCUCUUAAAGCUAUCACUACUUCCUUCAUCAAUGGCUUACUCUAAGAUUUCUCUUCUCCUUGUUUUGAAUGUCAUCUUCUUCACUUUUGCCAGCUCGACUUCCACCCCUUACCCCAAACCAACUUGUAAAGAUGCUCUGAAACUCAAGGUAUGUGCCAACGUGUUGAAUUUGGUUAAGGUUUCUCUACCACAAAGGGCCGAAUGUUGCAGCCUUGUCCAAGGUCUAGUUAAUCUCGAUGCCGGAGUCUGUCUCUGCACCUCCUUGAAGGCUAAUGUCCUUGGCAUUAUUAAUCUUCGUGUUCCUAUCUCACUGAGUGUUCUCUUUAACCAGUGCCGUACCAAGGUUCCAUCAGGUUUCCAUUGUGCUUAG